AAACUACUGACUCGCCAUUUUGAUUCAACAAGCAUUGAGUAAUCUUUGAAGAAAAACUUUUUUCAGAAUGCCAAACAGUACUGUUGGAUCGUCAGAAUCUGGCGGAUCGAAUGCAUCUAGAAAAUCAUGGACGAGACAGUAUCACACAAUCAACAGAACCUCUACAGUGGAUGAAACAUUAUUUGCCUCUCCAAAGAAAGUAAGGCCUGGUGAAGAGGAUGCUUUUGCUGCUGCUUUAUCAGAGAGAUCACGCCGGCGAAGCAGUCCAGGUGGCAAAAAGUCUCCAGCUAAAUCUGAAGAACCAGAAAUGAUUCAAGUUAUUACUAAAGACUUGAUCAGAAGACUCAGGGUUCCACAGGAAGAUCCCUCUGGAAGAAGUAUUAUAUUAGAGGUUGGAGAGUUUAGAAGAAUUAAGUCUGCAUCUCAUGUUCCAACACAAGCUGAAAAGGAAGCUUCCAUGGAGGAAAUGAAAAAAAGGAAAGAAGCUCUUCAAAAUGCAUCAGAAGAACGUAAGAACUUUAUGCAGACCAUGGAGCUGAAACGGAAGGAGAACGCCAAACCAUCAGACCUUGAGCAAGAGAAGAUGAUACAGAGUGGAACUUUGCUAGAUAAAGCUAAUGAACUAAUGGAGGAACAAGAUGAUGAAAUUAAGAAGUUGAAUGAGGCAAUGUUGCAAUAUUUGGAUAAACUUCAAGCAGAGGAUUUGGAGAACCUGAUUAAAAAGAAAGAAGUUCAACGAGCUUUGAUGAAAGAAGUAGCCAAAGCAAAUGAGGAAAUCGCUGAACUGAAGGAGCGCAAGGCGGCGCAAGACAAGCUCGAGGAAAUAAAAGUCAUGGAAUAUCUGAAACAGAAAGCGGAAAGAGAGGAAGCCUACCAGCGUGAAUUAGAAGUUGCUCGAGUUGAAAAAGAGAAAGAAAUUGCUCGUCUACGUGCACAGCAGGAGAGAGCCAAAGACAAACAAGCUGAGAAGGAUGCUCUUAGAGCCAAGCGAAACCAGGAAGAAGCAGAACGGGAAUGGAGAAGAAAAGAGAAAGAAGAAGCUGAGAAGAAGAAGCAAACUGAGGAAAUGUUACGUGCAGCUCGUGAAGUGCAAGUGAGGAACAAAGAUCAUUUCUUAGCAGUGCAAGCUGCCAGAGACAGGGCUGAGUUUGAGAGAGUGUUAAUGGUGCAAGAGGAGCAACAGCUGAAAGACGAAGACGCUGAAAAAGUAGAUGCAGUCCGCCGCCAUCAACAUGCGGCAGAAGUGCGCCAACAGGUUCGCGAGAAAGAGAAAGAUCGCAUUAAGGCCAGGAAUGCUUUCUUUGAGGAAGGAAUUAAAUUGGACCAAGAAGCUCGAGCAAGGCGGCAGAAAUUGGACGAAAUAAAAAGAAGAAAGUUGCAGGAGUUGAAAGACGCUGGUGUUCCGGACAAGUAUUGUAACGAAGUCGCGCGAAGGAUCGAGGCUCCACCUCCGUCACUAUCCCGGAUGUACUAAAACUUCAACUGAACUUGCCAGAAAAAUUAUUUCUUUUCUCCUGAAUUUAAAGACAAUUAAACGAUGGUCUUGACAUUAACAUUAAAAAUGCAGAGGCUCUCUCGUUUUGAGGUUUAGAUUAAGAUUUUGGAUGUUAAUCUGAUCGCAAGAUGUCUUUUCUCAUAGUGACUGAAGAGCUUCCUUUAUUGAUCACUUUGUUCUUACAGUGUAAAUAUAUUCAGUUUUUAAUACCAUGUGUACAAAGAGUAUUCUAUCGAACAAUUAACUAAUAGACAUGAUGAAAAGUGUUUCUUUAUUUGACAAAUCGAUUUUACUUGUUAACAAAGAAACAUUUAAGCUCCCUGGAUAGAAGCCUACCUAAUGUCUUUGUCAAAAAAAAAAUAUAUUAACUCGUUGUUUGUUUUCACCAUUUUUUUUCUUGUUAUUGAUUUUGUUUUGGGGUAUUUAUACCAUGUUUUGUGCUGAAUCUUUUAAAAUUCUGUUGAAAAUGAAAAUUCUGAAGUUAUUUUA